AGCCAGGGCGAGCCGAGCCCAGCGCAAGCGCAGGUGGGGCCACAGAACCCCUGUGUGUGGUGGGGGUCGUCCUCUCCUUCCCCCUCCCCUGCCCAGAUUUCAGUUCCUUUCCCCCUUGCCCUGACUCCUUGAACGUCACUGAAAAUGGCAGCUAUUGCGAGGAGUGGGGACCGUGGGUCUAUCGCUCUUGAGGCCGUGGCCCAGGGGAGUGGUGAGGGCUGCCCCAGCCCCUGCCUGCCUCUCCACACAAUACUUGAACAUUCAUCUGUACUGAAGUGUUACUUGAACUGGGGGAGCCGGAGUGUGAUGGGACGGGACCGGCCUGGACUGAGACUGGACUGGUGGGCUCCCCGUUUGGGCGGCCCCACUCCCAGCUCUCCCUUCACUGUGUUGGGCAGCUCUACUUCUGACCCGAGUUGGGGUUGGGGGUGGUGCCCGCCCAAUGAUGGGGAAGAUGGGACUCCUCCAGCUUGGCUCUUCCCACUCUCAUCGUCAUGGAAACUUGUAUCCCAUUUGCCCAGGGAACUGCCACUCCGGGUUGCCAUGGAAAUAGCAGCCAAUGGACACCUCCCGAUGCCAUUGCUAAGGCUGGAAUGUCCUCUCAUAGUUGCCAUGGGAACUUAGUCACAGGCUCUAGGCCCUCCCUCCCCCGCCCUCCCUCCAGUGCAGGGGUGGGGCUUUGGGGGCGAGGGAGGAGUCGGGGUCUAGUCCCGCCCCCUCAGCCCGGAUCUCCGGGGUGGGGGGGAGCCGGGUCGUACCAUGUAGGGGAAGGGGGAUCUAUCCACAUACCUCAGGUGGCCAUGGUGGAGGUGCAGCUGGAAAGUGACCAUGAAUACCCUCCGGGCCUGCUGGUGGCCUUCAGUGCCUGCACCACCGUGCUCGUGGCCGUGCACCUGUUCGCGCUCAUGGUCUCCACGUGUUUGCUGCCCCACAUCGAAGCCGUGAGCAACAUCCACAACCUCAACUCAGUCCACCAAUCACCACACCAGCGGCUGCACCGUUAUGUGGAACUGGCCUGGGGCUUCUCCACGGCCCUGGGCACCUUCCUCUUCCUCGCUGAAGUGGUCCUGGUGGGCUGGGUGAAAUUUGUGCCCAUUGGGGCACCGCUGGACACACCGGCUCCUGGGGCACCUGCAUCCCAGGCACCUGGGAAUCUGCCACCAGUGGGCACCUCACUCAGUCCCACAUCCCACCUCCCACCAGCCUCUGCAUCCCAAACCCCUCCACAGGCCGAGUCUUCUGAAACCUGCCCACCUCGGCAGGUGUGUGGUGACAGCAAUGGGACCCACGGGCCGGGAUGGCAAGCAGCCAUGGCUUCCACGGUGAUCAUGGUACCUGUCGGGCUGGUGUUUGUGGCCUUCGCCCUGCAUUUCUACCGCUCCCUGGUAGCCCACAAGACCGACCGGCACAAGCAGGAGCUGGAGGAGCUGAGUCGCCUGCAGGGCGAACUGCAGGCUGUGUGAGGCCGGUGUCAGCAGCUGUCAUAUCAAGUGUCACCUGCAGGGGGAGCUGCAGGCUGUGUGAGGCCGGUGUCAGCGACUGCCACAAAUGCCGCUCCCUUCAGAGGUCUGCGGGAGGCGCCUUGCCAGGGUCCGGCCUGCAAUCCCUGCCCCAGGUGGCCACACUCCUGCCCACAGGGUCCAACUAUACCAAGGAUGUUUUGUGUCUCUCUGUCCCAGCGAGGAUGUGGAGGUCUCCCCCGUCAGAUGGUGGCUGGAGUCAGGAGGGGGUCAGGGCCCUGGGAGGUGGUCAGGGGCCCCUCGGGGGACCACGGUGCUGAGUUUCUGCCCCUUGCAGAAGGUCCCACACAGCUGUGGCAGAAAGCGGUCGACCCUUGCUUCACUCUCCUAAUAGUCCGUUUGGGACUGUCUGGGGU